AGGAAUUCUUUAAGGAUACAGUGGUUAGUACCUUCGAUUUUAAACAGUUUGUCAGAAAUCUGGGUGUUCUCCACCUUCUAUGUGUGAAAGCUAGCAAACUUCUCAAGUUUCCUUUAAAUUACCUCUAAGAUGUAUCAAUGAUUUGACUAUCUUGCUGAGCUAACGUUCUUGCUAUCACUCCAAAUAUGCCUAUGCUAUAUCAUCUUUUCUUCAGAUGACUGGGUCGAACGAGUUCAAACUAAACCAAACUCCAGAUGAUGGUAUUUCAUCAGUAAAGUUUAGUCCAAAUACGUCUCAGUUUCUGCUUGUUUCAUCCUGGGACACAACUGUCCGGCUCUAUGAUGUGCCUGCCAACUCCAUGAGACUCAAAUAUCAACAUUCAGGAGCUGUCCUUGACUGUGCUUUUUAUGAUCCAACCCAUGCCUGGAGUGGAGGAUUAGAUCAGCAAUUGAAAAUGCACGAUCUUAACACGGACCAAGAAAACCUUGUUGGUGCUCAUGAUGCUCCUAUCAGAUGUGUUGAGUAUUGCCCGGAAGUGAAUGUAAUGGUGACUGGAAGCUGGGAUCAAACAGUUAAACUGUGGGAUCCCAGAACUCCUUGUAAUGCAGGAACUUUCUCUCAACCUGAAAAGGUGUACACGCUGUCUGUGUCUGGAGAUAGACUAAUUGUGGGGACUGCAGGUCGGAGAGUGCUGGUGUGGGAUUUGCGGAACAUGGGUUAUGUUCAGCAGCGAAGAGAAUCGAGCCUGAAGUAUCAGACCCGUUGUAUCAGAGCGUUUCCAAAUAAACAGGGUUAUGUUUUAAGUUCUAUUGAAGGUCGUGUUGCAGUGGAAUAUUUGGAUCCAAGUCCAGAAAUACAGAAGAAGAAAUAUGCCUUCAAAUGUCACCGUUUGAAGGAGAAUAACAUUGAGCAGAUUUAUCCAGUUAAUGCCAUUUCUUUCCAUAAUGUCCACAACACAUUUGCUACAGGAGGUUCUGAUGGAUUUGUAAAUAUUUGGGAUCCCUUUAAUAAAAAGCGACUGUGUCAGUUCCAUCGGUAUCCCACAAGCAUAGCAUCUCUUGCCUUCAGCAAUGAUGGAACCACCCUUGCAAUAGCUUCUUCAUACAUGUAUGAAAUGGAUGACAUUGAGCAUCCUGAAGAUGGUAUCUAUAUUCGCCAAGUGACAGAUGCAGAAACAAAACCUAAAUCUACUUAGACUUCUGGUGAUAUCUCUUCUCUACAAAAGAGUUGCCCACCUGCUCCCAACAAGACGAAACUAAAACAACAAAAGUGGGAAGAACAGUCUUUGUAUUGCUGUUAUUUUUAACUAAGAAAUAUUUGUUUGCAUGUUGUAUGUUAUAAUCUGUCAUUACUUUUCUGCUUAGAACAGUAGUGAAUCAGUGUUUUCUUUAACUGCUGUCUGUAGGUAAACUAGUUCCUUCUUGUAGGCAACUUUGCUUAUACAGCUUCAUAACAACUUAUGACACUUUGUAGUAUCCUAAUUAUGAAAACUUACAGCGUUCUCAGAAUUGUUCAAUAAAUACACAUCCUAGGUUUUUGAAAACAAAUUUUGUAUAACAACCUCUACUUUUUGUGAAACAAAUAUUAGACCUUUGUGUUGCAAGAAUUCUUGAGUUCUAGAUACUUCAUUAUGGGAAAUCUCUUAACCUGUCUUCUGUGUGAGGUAAAAUGGGAAUACUUUCCUCACCUGCGGAUACUGACUAUUCAGGUAACGAUUUCAUGGUGUUGUGAAAAUCUACAGUUGCAUUAGGAGUGCUAGGUUAUCUUGAUGACUUGACAGCUACUGAGAAAACACUUACCGUUUCGGGAGGAAAGUGAGAACUCCUUAGCAUAUAGUACUCUUAGAUUAGUCAUCUACUACCACUGUAUAUUUGUAUAGAAGUCCAAGAUUAAUCAUGUAUGUGAAGAAUUGAGGGUGGAGGGAAGCAAAUGGAGGGCUUGGGCUACAGCAGGCCAGUCUGUUUGGCGUCUGCAAGUUUGACCUGAAAGUGCAAAGUUUAUGUGGUAUCACAAAUAAAAAGGUAGAGAAGAACAGCGAUAAAGAGUGCAAAUACUGUUCUGGCCACAAAAGCAAUGCAGUAUGCUCUUUCUCCAUAUGUUUUGUUUACCUUAUUGCCGCUUGGUCAGAAGUACAAUCUGUAAUUGGAAUUUUAUAUCAACCACUUGGGGAUUUGGAAUGUGGGAGGGAGACAUGGUUGAACUUAGACAACUUAAUUUCUGUUAAGAAAGUAGUAUUAGGAAAACAUUUCAGCUACUCUGUGUAUGUGCCUCUUCAAAACAAGAAGAGAAGAUAGGUCUGAUCAAGAGAAUAAACCUGCAAAUCCA